AUGAAUAAGUGCAAUGAAAGGAGCACGGGCUUCAAAGUCAGAGGCUGGAUCUCUAGUCCUGCCUUUGCUGGAGAGGACAUCAAAGAGGUAUUUGUUGAUGUAUCUCUCCUCACUCAAGGAGACUCUAUUUUGAACUUCUCCUAUCCCAUCUGUGAAGAAGAUUUCCCCAGUUUUUCCUUAGGUUUGGUUCUCAGACAAUCAAAAAGUGGCCUAAUAGGGAAAGAAGCUAAGAACCUCUAUGACAUUCGGUUCCGAGAGCCUAUCAUAUCUCGCGUCUCGGCGCGCAGUCCCCCCAACACUGCUCCUGUUGUGUCAGACGGUGGCAGUGUUGAGCCCGGGAACAGGCGCCGAGCCCGCGGCGGUCCCCGCGGCAGCCGCUCAGUCUCCGUGGCUGACUCCGACGCGCAGGAGCCACUGGGCCUCGAGGGCGCUGGGGAGCGGGAGGGGCGUGGGGAGCGGCGAAGGGUCCUCGAUCGGCCUUCACGAACUGUUCACCCCCGACGCCCCCAACCCGGCAAGACCCCGCUCCCUCCGACUGACCGAAAUUCACCGAAAUUCACCCAAGGGGGUAGGGCGGUGGAGGGAGAGGUCGCUCUCUGCUUGCGCUACCGGCUGCGCCUCCCCCGGCGCUAG